AUGGAGCCACCUAUUAUUUAUUAUCCGCGUUUAGAAUACAUUGAAACUGUAAAAUCCAAAGAGUUGGAUACAGGCAAUAAAGUUAGUCGUAAGUCUGUAAUUUGUGGUAGUCAAAAUAUCAUACUUGGUGGGAAGACCAUUAUUCAAACAGAUUGUGUUAUUCGAGGGGAUCUGAGACGUACCGGAGGUGGUCAUGCUGUAGUGGUUGCUAUUGGGCGAUACUGUCUUUUAGCUAAGGGCAGCAUUAUUCGACCUCCGUAUAAAACAUAUAAAGGGAUUUUCAGUUAUUAUCCUAUGAAGAUAGGUGAUCAUGUUUCUAUUGGAGAAGGCAGCAUUGUAGAGGCGGCUACAAUAGGUUCAUUCGUACACAUAGGAAAGAAUUGUGUCAUUGGACGUUUUGCAAUUAUUAAAGAUUGCUGUCGAAUUGAGGAUAAUACUGUGAUACCGCCGAACACCGUUGUUCCCUCUUUUUCAAUUUACGAUGGAUCUCCUGGUGUGUUCGUAGAUGAGCUACCGGAAUGUGUGCAGGACAUUUAUGAAACUAGGACAAAGGAUUAUUACUCAAAAUUUCAACCCAAAGAUUGA